CAGGUCUUGGGGCUCCGUUGUCCGUGAACCCCGACUUCGGAUACAACCUGGAACCGUUUCCUGAAGCUGCAGGGGGGAAUUCCUGGGUCUGGGGGCCACCGAGGGGCAGCGACCAGCACAUGCCACCAGGAUCCUUUAUAUUGCGCUACUCCUGUGGUCUCUUGCAUCUCCAGCUCUUGCAGCCCUGGCCCCCGUGGUUCCCAGCCUCAGCGUCGAGUGUCCUGGGUAGCUUGAGGACACCGGGACCGGGCAGGUGCCAAGAGCCCAAGCCCGCCGCUUCUCCUCCCCCUCCCGCCGCCCAGUCCUACCCUGCAAGCGUGCGGUCGCCCGCUCCACUAGCGCCUACGCCUUCUGCUCCAGUUGUUUUCCCAAUUGAGCAGAAAAGCCGGGGGCAUACUGCCCGGGCCCUGGGAAGCAGGACGAUUCGGGCGCUGCAGUCCGAAGCCCGCCUGGGCACCUUCCUGCUCACAGACUCAGUCGCUCUGGGCGCGGCCCUUGCUAACCACCCCCAGGUUGGACACCAGACCUUGCAGCCCCCUGCUAGCCAGAUGGAAGCCCAGAGUGACGUCGCAGGGUAAAUGGGACCUAGAGGCAGCUCUGUGUGAUCCUAAUGGGACCUCAGCCCUUAGUGGGGCUUUUUGUGUGACAGUGAGACCCAAAGAGGGGAGGUUCCCCCUUGCUUACAAUUCUGCCACUAUAGGAAACAGUUACAUCCAUUGUGUGCUGAGCAUUGGGAGUUACAGGAGUGAGGUCAGCUCCAGAAGGCUUGGAAGUGGAGUGGUUGGGUUAUGUGUCUGAUUUGUGUGUGUGUGUGUACACAGAAACUAACAGAGUACCACAUGCGGUGCCUAGAACCAGGAGCCCUUAAUAAACCUUGAAUGAAUGAAUGAGAAGAUUUGGUGACCGAGUGAGCAGGGCUAGAGGGCAGCUCCAGCUCUAUUCAUCCCACCCCUGCCUCCCCUGGGGUCACGCAGACAAAAGUAAUUAGGUUGACGCUUUAAUCACAGCUAGUUUUCACAGGGGCGGACAUGUAAGAGGAAAGAAAGGCAGAAAUCCUGGGGACACAAGGUGCUGGCCUAGCUCACAGGCAAGAGCCUCCCUCUAGGACCCCCUCCACUCCCCACAGUUUGGUUCUCAGUAAUCUGCUGUUUUCUUGUCUCCCUCAGGACACUGGGUUCCCAAGGAGUGGCCCCAGGCUUAAUGAUUGUCCAGAAGGUGGCUAUAAAGGGAGCCUGGGAGGCUGGGUGGAGGAGGGAACAGAGAAAAACUUAACUCAGCAGAUCUGGACACUGUGAGUGCUGCAAGCAAGAGCUGUGGUUAGAGACUCUGUGUUCUGGCUCCGAGGGCCUGCUGUUUUCAACAAUGGCAGGCCAAGGCUAUGGCUAUUAUCGUACUGUGAUCUUCUCAGCCAUGUUUGGGGGCUACAGCCUGUACUACUUCAACCGCAAGACUUUCUCCUUCGUCAUGCCAUCGUUGGUGGAAGAGAUCCCGCUGGACAAGGAUGAUUUGGGGCUCAUCACCAGCAGCCAGUCCGCAGCCUACGCUAUCAGCAAGUUUGUGAGUGGGGUGCUGUCUGACCAGAUGAGUGCUCGCUGGCUCUUCUCUUCUGGGCUGCUUAUGGUUGGCCUAGUCAAUAUCGUCUUUUCCUGGAGUACCACAGUGCCUGUCUUUGCUGCUCUCUGGUUCCUUAAUGGACUGGCCCAGGGGCUGGGCUGGCCCCCAUGUGGGAAGGUCCUGCGAAAGUGGUUUGAGCCAUCUCAGUUUGGCACUUGGUGGGCCAUCCUGUCAACCAGCAUGAACCUAGCUGGAGGGCUGGGCCCUAUCCUGGCCACCAUCCUCGCCCAGAGCUACAGCUGGCGCAGCACACUGGCCCUGUCUGGGGCACUGUGCGUGGUUGUCUCCUUCCUCUGUCUCCUGCUCAUCCACAAUGAACCUGCUGAUGUUGGACUCCGUAAUCUGGACCCCACCCCCUCCAAGGGCAAGAAGGGUUCUGCAAAGGAGGAGAGCACCCUACAGGAGCUGCUGCUUUCACCCUACCUGUGGGUGCUCUCCACUGGCUACCUUGUAGUGUUUGGAGUUAAGACCUGCUGUACUGACUGGGGCCAGUUCUUCCUUAUCCAGGAGAAAGGACAGUCAGCCCUUGUGGGUAGCUCCUACAUGAGUGCCCUGGAGGUUGGGGGCCUUGUAGGCAGCAUUGCAGCUGGCUACCUGUCAGACCGGGCCAUGGCAAAGGCAGGGCUGUCCAUCUACGGGAACCCUCGACAUGGCCUGUUGCUGUUCAUGAUGGCUGGCAUGACAGUAUCCAUGUACCUCUUCAGAGUAACAGUGACCAGUGACUCUCCGAAGCUCUGGAUCCUGGUGCUGGGAGCUGUGUUUGGUUUCUCCUCUUACGGUCCCAUUGCCUUGUUUGGAGUCAUAGCCAAUGAGAGUGCCCCUCCCAACUUGUGUGGUACCUCCCAUGCCAUUGUGGGACUUAUGGCCAACGUGGGCGGUUUUCUGGCUGGGCUGCCCUUCAGCACCAUUGCCAAGCAUUACAGUUGGAGCACAGCCUUCUGGGUGGCUGAAGUGAUUUGUGCGGCAAGCACAGCUGCCUUCUUCCUCCUGCGAAACAUCCGUACCAAGAUGGGCCGGGUAGCCAAGAAGGCUGAGUGAAAAGCGAGGUUCUGGAGUACCAUCCCACCUGUGGCCUUCCCCUGCACAUUGUAGGAGGAAGGAGGGACUGCUCGGCUAGCACUGAAUCUUUGACUUUCGGUUUCUAUACCUUUUUCCUUGCCCAGGUGGUACUGGAAGUUACCAGUGGCUAAUGAGGUCCCUGCUCCCCAUCCUAUGCUCUAUUUAAAAGAUAACUUUUGUACUUGGCCUCUGUUAGCUCCUAUUUCCUGCCUUUAGACAAAUAGGGCACUUCUGCAGAGAGCCUCCUGUACCCUUCUUCCAUACCUGGGCCCUGUCUUAAGCCCAUCCUACUCCAGACCCACCUGAGGCUGUCCCUGCAGCUGCAAGGCACUAAUGGCCUGUGACUUCUGCUUUGCCCCAUGUCCUCUCAACAAUGGACAAUUGCUAUUGCCAAUACCUCAGACCCCAGGGAAAGAGAAGAGGACAUUACUCUCACUAAAACCCUGGACACAGUUGGGGGGUAUGGGUGGGAGGGUAAAACCAUUUGUUAUAGAAGAUUAAAACUAGAUUUGAUA